GCCGCUGAGUCAGCCAUCUUGUGUUCUGAAGAAGGGGGGUUUUGGUAAGUGUUUGGGACUGCAGGUACCGCUAGUACCAUAAGACGAUAGUGAGCAAACAGGAUAGUGCCUACGUCAUUGGAAAAAGCAAACUUUUUGAAAAUGAGUGAAUCGGUUAUGGAGAAAGAAAAAGUUGUAUUUUCAAGAUCCAAAGUUUACUUAGAAGGGACACAUGCUUUGGAAGAAGCUUUUAAGCUUUUUGUGCCUCGGCCCAAAGACUUAAUCACUAAUUCGGGUGGCAAAAUAUGGGAUUUCCUAUGUAGUUUUAAGCAAGAAGGGUUUUCCCCUGUCAUUUUAAGAAGCAAAGAUGUUUACGGGUAUACGUCUUGCAGAUCAGUUGUGCCAGAUAAGAACGCUAUUGGUGUUAAAAAGGUCAAGGGCUUGGCAGAUACCAAAAAGGUGUCUGGCUUACGAAGAGAAAGAAAAAAGAAAAGGGGAAGAAAACCCAAGAAGCCGAACACAAAGGGUCUCGGAACUGUAUCUAACCUACUGGAAACUCUAACAAACUCGUCCUGCGUGGUGUCAAAUUCGCCGGUCAGUGUAGUGUCGGAUUCCCCGAAACCUGUGUCAAGACCAGAUGCACCAGAAAUUGUAUCAAACUCGAUGUACAUUGCAUCAAAUCCACGGGUCGUUGACUCACCGGAGACUGUAUCAAACUCACCGUUCACUGUACAAGCAGAGAAGCUGGAGACUCUGCCAGUCUCUUCGGACAGUACAUUAUCCGAGUCGCUGGAGACUAUCAACUCGCCGGACACUGGUAUUGUGUAUUGUCAAAUGACUUUGGAGAAAAUCUGGAGGGCAGCAACUCCUAAGAUAAUUACUGUUAGAACGGUGGUGGUGAAAGACGUGUCUUGUGAAAAAAACAGAGCUGCUGCCCGCAGUAGAGCAGAAACACUAAUGCAUUUAAAUCUGACGCCUGUCUUAAAAUUACGACGUUUAAAUAUGCCGAAGUAACUGAGUUCUGAACCAACAUUAUGCUGCUGUGUUAAACUUUACUACUGACUUAUAACUCGACAUUGUUACUACUUUACUCAACGCACACAUAAUUGCAACACUGGCUGGCAUCUGUUGCUAUUGUAAACUCAAACUAAACGAACAUAUUAAUAGGCGAUGUUUUGUGUGUGUGUGUUGCAGUUGAUUUAUUAUUAUUAUUGUUAUUAUUAUUAUAUGGCUGUGACGUACAUGUCCCUGUAUACUGUAUAUGUAACAUUUACAUUUCACAAUUAUGUGAUGUACUGUAUAUUACGUGGUAACUGGUGGCAUUUCCUUUAAUUCAGUUUAACCGAAUUACUUCGCGUUUCUGUUCUGUGUUUUGCAGGGAAGUAGAUUACAAGCACAACAAAUGAUUUAUUCAAGAGAACUACAAAAACGGUUAUGGAUGAAUUACAUUUAAUUUGACUUUCAAAUGAUCCAGCAACAGGUUGGAAUUUAGGUUUUGAAAGCUCUUGGAAGUAUUAUUAACCUUAAAUUGUGAACAAUGCACCUUGUGUUUUUUUAUUAUUAUUGUAUGCUGGAAAUAAGAGGUAAUGUGUAUUUUGUCAUGGGAUGGGGGGGAAGAGUACUGUAUUGGCAUACUGAUUCUUAAAUACCUCAAUUGAUAAUUGUCUACAGAAAACUUUGUUAAACAUAUUAAUGUAUUUUGCCAAAAAGUAGCAGGUUUUGACCUAUCUUGUGUAGUAUUAUCUAAAUGACCAUUUGUAAAAUACAAUCUAUAAUUUAAUGUAUUAACUUCAGUUAUUUAUUCUGUAAGAAGAAAGGAUAAGUAUUUGGUGAACUAAGUUUGAAACCAAAUUACAGUGGUCUACUUUGCACAUAUUGGUUCCUUUUUGAAGCCAUUGUUUUCUAUAAUUUCAUAAAUGUGACACUUUACAAGUUGUGUGCUUUUGUAAUGUAUAUUGAUUCAACUUGAUUUGUAUUCAUUUAAUUGCACUCUGAAGCUACAGAAUAAAACAUUAAUAUACAAAA